AGGAGUACAAGUUGCUGAUGAAGUAUGUCGCAUUUUUUAUGAUAUGAAAGUUCGGAAAUGCUCCACACCAGAGGAAAUAAAGAAAAGAAAGAAGGCUGUCAUUUUUUGUCUCAGUGCAGACAAAAAGUGCAUCAUUGUUGAAGAAGGCAAAGAGAUCUUGGUUGGAGAUGUGGGUGUGACUAUCACCGAUCCCUUCAAGCACUUCGUGGGGAUGCUUCCUGAAAAGGAUUGUCGCUAUGCUUUGUAUGAUGCAAGCUUCGAGACUAAGGAGUCCAGGAAAGAAGAGCUGAUGUUCUUUUUGUGGGCUCCAGAACUGGCCCCUCUGAAGAGUAAGAUGAUCUACGCCAGCUCCAAGGAUGCCAUCAAAAAGAAGUUCCAAGGCAUAAAACACGAAUGUCAAGCAAAUGGGCCAGAAGACCUCAACCGGGCUUGCAUUGCUGAAAAGCUGGGUGGGUCCUUGAUUGUAGCCUUUGAAGGUUGCCCCGUGUAGCGUCGUUCCAGUGCCACAGCCGAAAGCUUCCGUGUUAAUGUUACCCUCUUGCUCAAUAAGUAAAGCAGAUGCAUUUACGCCAGGGUCUCCCUGAGGGGAGCUGUCUUGUCAUCUUAGAAUAAAUAUUCUAUAAACCUGUGCAAAUGCGGCCCUAAAUAAACCUAGCAUCCAAAGUGUAAUUGGUGUGAAAUGAAAUUCUUGCUGGCCAAAUGCCUGUUUUGAUGAGUUGACUUACAAAGACUUUUGUUAAGCUCAGGAUUUUUAAUAAUAGUUCACAAAACAGAGUAGUGGCCAUUUGAAGAGAAUGGUUCUGUCUUUCCUUAACCUCAACAGUUAAUGUUUCUUUUGCUUAGAAAAUUGAUUACAAUCUGGUUACAAUUUUGGCCCAGAAUUCUUCCUUGACCCAAACAAUGGGAUGUUCUCUAACAGUACACUAACUGCUAGCAGCCGCAAGCCCUGGGCAGCCUCUAGCCCUCCCUGCCACGCACAGGAGCCUGGCUCAGAGUCGCACCCCUGUGACUCCCACUGAUCUUGUGAAGCCCCCUCCAGGGGUGUAGCACGGGAGGGCAUGGCUGUCCUCAGAGCUAUGGGCUGUCACCUUGCGUGGUGGCGUGGCUUCAGGAGAUGGGAUGUCUAAUCUAAUGCAAAUUAGGGCUCGCUGUAGUCAGCUUUCUAGUGAAAAUAAUCACUGCCUAGGUAGGCUAGGACACUGCGCACCCGUGGCUCCCUCCGAGCUGCACACCCAGUGCAUGUGAUGGCAGGAACCUGAGUGUCUCCUCUGGGGUCUGGGAGAGCUUUGUUUCCUAGAGCAGUCUGUCACUUGUGUGGAGUGGGGAGCUGUGCCCAGUGACAUGUGGAUGUGAUUGCCCUUACCACCACAGGCAUGACGCUUGAACAAGAGAAGUGCACAGCUGAUCUUAAAAGUAGCAGUUACUGGCUUUAUGUAAUAAAGGAAGCAUUUUUAA